UCGUAACGCGGUCUGGCCUGGCCUACACAAUCCUCGACUCUCCGCUUUUACGAUUGGAUGAUGAGAUCGCGUGCGCUCAUCAAAGGAAGAGCCCACAAACAUUUUACAAUUCCGAGGCACGUACUACGUCUUUACCCAGCGCCGUGUCGGUGUAAAAAAACUCGGCUGCUGCAGCGCAGGGAAACGAGCGGAAUAAGAGCCAGACGUGGAAUUAAGGAGGCGCCCGCGCUCGCGCGCAUGCACGCAUGAAAAAUUUGUUUUGCUCAUACUGGAGCUCAUAAAGUGCAAGUCAGAGCGCUUUUUGCCAGCCUGUUUUGUAAUUAUACGAAUGUCAAAACGUGUGUUCGUCGGCUCUCAGUUCUGCUGUCCGACUUAAUUAUUUCUGUUUAGUCACGUUAUAUGAUAUAGGCAUCAUAGAGGCAUCCGCCAUGUAUUCAAGUUUUGGUGGAUUCACUACAAUUUUCAGAAAUAAAUAACAUAAUUUAAUCGAAAUAUUGCGUUGCAACACAGAAGAAUCAGGCUAAGAGUACACUAAUCUAAAAUCAAAGAUAAAAGUCUAGUCAAAACCUUUUAUAAGCCGGCUGGACAGGAACCUUUUUUCCGUCUAUGAGUCAAGCAAUCAACUAUAGAAAUUAUAAAAUUGUCUAACCUCACCUGAAGCCCAAUCACUGCAGCAAUAGCAUUGAUUCAUCGUACCUUCCUACCCGCAACCAACGACGUUGUUGGCGCCUUGGCCGCCGUUUCCGCUGAUGUACAUACCAUAGACCUCUCUUAUGUCUAUGGUACAUACAUACACACUAACCUUCGAAAACGUAAACACAAACAAACGAAUUGCUGAUUCUAGAAUAUGCACGAUAGAUUAAUGCAUAUUAAAAUAUUGAGAUAAAAUAGAAGAAAGUUUGAAUUAUAACGAUAAUUACUUACUGCAUAGAAAUCCUCACAGUUGUUGAAUAUCCGCAGGCUUGAUGGGCUGUGAAAAGCGAAUGCAGGCUUCGCAUUAUCGUUCCGUGAAUUCAUAUUUCAAACUCUCAAAAUAGAUCAAUAUGGAAAAAAUCAUCACUGAAACUGAUAUUAUAGAACAGUCUGGUAUACCUAUUGCGACAGAAGACAGCCUCAUGAGUUUAGAAAAAAUACAAGGCAGGGAAUCCCCUGACUUGUGGCCCGAGGAGAGCAUAACAAGAUUCAUUACUCAAAAUUUGACAUCCAUAGACGUGCCAACGUGGUCUAUGGAUCUGACAACAGAUGAUAAGCAGGAGGCGUUGCGAUUGGGACAAUUGUCAAAGGAAGAGAUAGCACUAGAAGUGAAAAAGUUACUCGACUCUGCAUAUCAUUUAGGUGUGGAUGAAGCUAAAGAAAUGACCAGAGGAAAGUAUUUGAGUAUUUUUAAACAAAGUUAGUCACUACACUAUUUUUAAAAGAUCAUGUUAUUAUAGCAUGUUAUCAAAUGAAGUAAGAUGAAAUAACUUUUAUACAUAAUCUUGAAUUUAUAUAGACACAGUUUCUCUUUUAUCGAAUUAUUUUUACAAUGCUCAUUACAAAGCAAAUUGAUUUUUCAUUUGAUUUGAACAUAUUUAUUCAUAAUAUAUCAUUAAAUAAUAAGUAUUAUUUUAUCUGUUUGAAAUUAAAUAAAAAGAUGUUAACAAA